UACCGAUCGUUCACAGUUAGUUAUGAUCAACCAAUGAGCGUUAGCUUUUUUUGAAACUUUUUCAACUGCCACUUUGUGGAAAAGACUUCUUUCAUAAACGACAUAAAUUCUGUCUCAGACAAAUACUUGCUCAAGAGUUUAAAAAUAUUCAAAUUAGUGUAGAUUUAGUUAGUGAUAUCUAGUGAAAAUGUCUAAAGAAGAUGAUGCAGCAACGCAAAUUAUUCCAGAUAAAAUUUUUGACACCCAUACCAGAACUGAGUACAAAAAAGGACGUUUCUUCGGCAAGGGGGGCUUUGCAAAAUGUUACGAGAUUACAAACGUUCAUAAUAAUUUGUCCUAUGCUGGAAAAAUCGUAUCUAAAAAGUUGAUGGCCAAGGAAAAUCAGCGGGACAAAAUGAUACAAGAAAUCCAGAUUCACAAAACGCUCUGCCACAAAAAUGUUGUGGGCUUCUACAACUUUUUUGAAGACAGUCACAAUAUUUAUAUAGUUCUAGAAUUGUGUAGGAAGAGGUCCAUGAUGGAGCUUCAUAAACGUCGAAGGGCAUUAACAGAGCCCGAGACCAGGUUCUAUAUGAAACAGAUAUUAACUGGUGUUCACUACCUCCACCAGAAUAGGAUAAUCCACCGUGAUUUGAAAUUGGGUAAUUUGUUCUUGAAUGACGAUUUGAUAGUAAAAAUAGGUGAUUUUGGGUUGGCGGCUAAAAUCACUUACGAUGGGGAGAGAAAAAAGACUCUUUGCGGUACUCCAAACUAUAUAGCGCCGGAGAUACUCAGCAAGAAGGGACACUCGUUCGAAGUAGAUAUUUGGUCGAUAGGUUGCAUUAUGUAUACUCUGUUAAUAGGAAAACCUCCAUUUGAAACUAGCAGCUUGAAAGAGACAUACGCUAGGAUCAAGAACUGUGAAUACAAGAUAUCUCCAAAAAUAUCAGGAUAUGCUCAGCAGAUGAUUAUGUUGAUGCUCCAGUCUGAACCUAAAUGUCGGCCAAACGUGGAAACAUUGUUGCAUCAUGACUUUAUUGUCAAUGGUUUUUGUCCAACCACCUUGCCUGUGAGUGCCCUCACAAUGGCUCCUAGAUUCGAUAAAAUUGAUACUUCAAUUAGAAAGCCUUUGCUGGAAAUUAAUAACGGUGAUGUUAUGAUGGUUUCACCCCACAAAAAACAUGAUUCCAUUGCUGCAGGAUUAGCAGGUGGUAUAGUCACAUCCUCUUCUGCAACUUUCACAUUCGAUGCUAGAGCCAAUUUCAUGAAACUGAAAUCGAUGUUGGUAAAGGUUUUGAAAUCGAAACCUGCCAGAAACCAAAAAUACCUGGAUGAAAUGUCAGAUCCUGCUGCCCAACCAACAAUCUGGGUCUCCAAGUGGGUGGAUUAUUCCGAUAAAUAUGGAUUCGGUUAUCAGCUGUCUGAUGAAGGAGUCGGAGUCAUGUUCAACGACACCACUAAGCUCAUAAUGUUACCAAACGGCAUUAACGUACACUACGUGGACAAAAACGGCGAUGAGUCUUACAUGACGGUUGACAACUACCCCAAGCAGUACGAUAAGAAAAUGAAGCUCCUCUCGUACUUCAGCAGAUACAUGCGGGAGCACCUUCUCAAGACUGGAGCUGCGGUUGUGAAAGAGAUUGAUUCGAUCUCUCGAACCCCUCAUCUUUACCAGUGGUGUAGGUCUACUUCUGGAGUUUUGAUGCAGUUAAAUAAUGGAACGGUGCAGGUGAGUUUGAAAAUCGAAUGUUUUUUGUCAGUUUCGAGAUUCAGGGAAUCGGUUACCCUCACUAAUCAAUUAAGAAUGGUAGGAACUAGGAAGGGCGAUGUUAAAUAG